AUAAAAAAGUAAAUUCUAAUACCAAAUUCGAAACUGAUGUCCUAACUAAAAGGUCGUACAAACUAGUAUAUAAACCAUAACCACAAUCGACAAACAAUACAAUACCAAAAUCUAAAUUCUAACGAUUGAAAAAUGGCUUCUUUAUCUUCCAGCUUUGUCGUUAUUUUUAUGUCAAUCUUGUUACAAUUUCUCAUUGUCUCAGCUUCAAGAAAACACAUCGACGACAUAUGCCAACAUGUCACCGACAAAGCUUUCUGCGUCAAAACUUUGACCGCAUAUCCUCCAGUGGUUGCUGCCACCGUCGAGUUAAAAGCGGUAAAGGCCGUGCUCAACCUAGCAAAAUCCUAUGCCAAGAAGUCAAUGAAAUUCAGCUUAAAAAUGGCAAACAAGAAUCCAAAGUUGAAGAAGCAAUUCAUGGAGUGCCAAGAUUCAUUUCAAAGAAUUGUAUUGUCUUUCGCGAGCGCUGCUGGGGAACUCAAUGAAUCAUCGGAAACUGCAAACUAUGAUGUCAUGGUUUGUACCGACCAAACGAGGUUAGUGGAGGAUUCGAUCGGUAAAAAUAGAGACGAGGCUUCAAAGGCUAUCAUGAGCAGGACAAUGAUGAUGAAUGGACUUAUUGCUAUUGCUGAUGCAGCCACUGAUCUUAUUGAUACAGGAUAUGUAUGAGAACAUAUACCGUCAUCAGAUUUGCCGUUUUUGUUUUUGGUUUUUUUUUUUUUGGUCAAAGGUUGAUGUUAUUUAAUCUUAUGGCAUGCAAUGUUUUGAAAACUAUUCUAACUAUUCUAAUGAAAAAAAAAAAAUUCUAAUUUAUUGACUCCGAAAGAACAACAAACCAGUUUAGAG